AUGGGCAGUCAUGAACCAAAUUUUGAUGAAUUUUACCAAUCUAAAGAAGAAGACAACCAACCUGAAAAAAUAAACCAAUCUAAAGAAGACCUCUCUGAAGAAGUUAACCAAUUGAAUAAAGUACACCGAUCCGAAGAAGUUAACCUACCUGAAGAAGUUGACCAAUCUAAAGAGGUUAAUGAUCCUGAAGAAGUAAAUCUCUCUAAGGAAGUUAUUCGUCCUAAAAAAGAAAACCUUCCCGAAGAAGUUAGCCGAUCUGAAGAGGUUAACCGACCUGAACAAGAUAACCUCCCUGUAAAAGUCAACCUACCUGAAGAGGUUGCUCAACUUGAGGAAGAUAUCCUCUCUGCAGAAGUUAUCCAACAUGAGGAACUAAAACUUCCUGAAGAAGUUGAACAAUCUGAAGAAGUUACCCUUUCAGAAGAAGUUAACCAUUUUAAAGAAGCAAAUCUUCAUAAGGAGUCUGAAGAAAAUUCAGGAGACGAACAGCGGACACAAGUCUUGUCUUCAUCGGUGGGACCAAAAUCGGAAGGUACAGAAUCCGAAACACAAACCAGUGACGAAGCCGAGAUAUAUGACGCCGAUUCCGAAGGAUCAGAGACCGAGGAGCCUUAUACAGAUUUUUGGGGACUAAAACAGGGCGAACUAACAAGCAGUGACGAAGAGGAGCUAUUCGAGGGGAGUUCCGAGACCUCACUUACCCAAGACCAACAAAACUCUCCGGCAUCAAACGAUUCGGAGCCAGGAAGCCCACAACUAGAGUCCGAACAAAUUGGAGAUUUCUUCAAUAACCAGAACGAAGAAGACGAGUGCUCCGAAGUUAGCAGCCGUGACGAAGUCGAGCUAGCUGAAAACAACGAAGACUCAGUGGAACCAAGAGAUCAAUAUCUAAACAAUAACGUAUCGCGAACCGCUCAGAUAGACAGGAAUAGACGCACGGGAUCCGAAACAAUCUGCAGAUCAGCGAUUCGCAAAUAUCCUAGACUCUGUGCACCUAAGCCAGCUUGGUUCAUUUUUAAUCAACUUCAUGCCGUAGCUAGUUAUGUGGCAGUACCAAAAGAGCCUACCCCACUAAAAGAAGAAAGGAAACGCGAGAAACCAAAGAGCGAGGAGUGCACGCCACCAAUCCAAAACAAACGCCAAAGGCGCAAUUCUUCUUCUUCAGAGUCCGAUUCCGAGAGUGGCCACAAAUCCGACGAUUCUUCUGGAUCUAGUUCGUCUGGUUCCGGUUGUUAUUGCUCGCAUCCUAGUUCCAGUUCCUCUGGUUCUGAAGAAAGCGAUUCAGAAGCAGCAGCUCCUAACCAAAACAAAAAGGCACUCGAAGAUCGUGAAAGAGAGCGAAAACAGAACGAUUCAUCAGUUGCUGAAUCUGCAAAUUCUUCUGGCUUUCAUUCCUCCGAUUACCAUCGUUCAAAUCCUUUUGAUUCUGAAGGAGACUCCCCCAAGGCACCCGAAAGUCCUAAGGACGAAAAGGAAGAAUCAGAAUCAGGAUCAGAAGCAGGAUCAGAAGCAGGAUCAGUAUCCGAAUCAGAUGAUAACCAAAGCGAUACGAUUUUAGAUUCAUCCGAAUCGUUCGCUAAAUUGGAACAAACGCCACUUCUUGAUUUGCUUGACUUUGGUGACUCCUACGAAAAAGGCAUUGAAGCAGUGAUAGUGGAAAAUCCCAAGCUAGCACUUGCAAUUAUUACCAGACUGUUGGGACCUGAAGCCGCUGAGCGGUGGUCGCAUGCCUCCCCUAUAAGCCUGAAUCGUCAAGUUGAGGUCUUGUUUUCAAAGUACCGAUCAACCAAGAAGGAAUUGAACGGCGUCUUUAGGAAAGUGAAAGAGCUUGAGCGCUGUCGACUAAACGCCCAACAGACUGAGCAGCAGAAGCAGCAAGAACAGGAGCAACAGAACCAACAGAACCAACAGGAGCUACUGCAGAAGAUCCAACAGGAGAAGCUAUCGCAGAAGAAAAGGGAACAGCGCCGCUUGCGCCGCAAAGCGAAGGAGAAAAAGAGGCAACUGGAGAUCGAUCAAGGAGCAGGAGCUCAGGCAAGAGCAGCAGGAGCAGAGGGAACAAACGGAGAGUGA